UCUAUUGCAAGCCACAAAAACUUGUGGCCAAGAAUCGAAACCCCUGGUGACGUGGCACCCUGCUCUGGUUUAAACGGAUCAAAAUCCAAGUCGUCGUGCCUCCCAUUGCCAACUUAGAUCAAAACCCAAACCUCAAUAAAACCGAAACUCACAAACACUUAAACAGAGGAAGUAACGAACCAACCAACCUGACACAGCCGCCACAACCAUAAACAUUAGCAUAAACAAAAAACCGUUAAUCUCGCGCGUUCUUUUUUGUUGUUGUGUCGUGUCCCUUUUGGAUCUCCAGAAAAUGCAGGAGAAUAAGGAUCCAGCAAUUAAGCUCUUCGGCCAGAAGAUUGCCUUCGCCGGAGAAGUCGACCCUCCGGCCAUUUCCGCCGGCGAAAUUGACUCGCCGCCGGCGAUGGAUGUCGACAAGGACGAAGAAGACGACUUUGGUGACUCAGAGACUGAAGAUGAGAAAGACAAGGAUCCCCGAGCUGAAAAAGUUAGUGAGAAAACGAAAGAAGCUGAUCCUCCUCCAAAUGCUGCAGACUCAAAGAAGACCCCAGAGGGUAUUCAGAACCCAAACACACCUUCCAUAGACGAAGAAUCUGCAAAGUCAAAAACCAACAAGUCAGAGAACAACAACAACAACAAAACACUGAAGAAGCCGGACAAAAUUCUGCCAUGUCCGCGCUGCAACAGCAUGGACACAAAGUUCUGCUACUACAACAACUACAACGUCAACCAACCACGCUAUUUCUGCAAGGCGUGCCAAAGGUACUGGACUGCGGGAGGAACCAUGCGAAACGUGCCGGUGGGAGCGGGGAGAAGAAAGAACAAGAACUCGGCUUCGCACUACCGCCACAUCACAAUCUCUGAAGCACUUCAAGCAGCAAGAAUUGAUGCUGCCCCCAACGGGACUCAUCAUCUUUUGAAACCAAAUGGGAGAGUCCUCAGCUUCGGAUUAGAAUUAGACCCUCCAAUUUGUGAUUCCAUGGCCUCAGUCCUUAACCUCACUGCAGAGAAAAAGGGUACUCUUAACAACAAUUCAAGAAACAACAACAACAACAACAACAACAACGGUGAUGAUUGCUCAAGUGCAUCUUCAAUUACUGUUUCCAAUGAAGAAAACGGGAAAAGCACGUCUCAAGAAUCAAUUGUGGUGCCUAACAGCAACGGUUUCAUCCACCAUGUUCCAUGCAUUUCAACUCUUCCUUGGCCUUAUCCUUUUCCCUCAGGAGCACCUGCUAUGUGCCCUCCAGGGUUUCCAAUGUCAUUCUACCCUGCAGCAUUUUGGAACAUUCCAUGGUUUCCCUCACAACACUCACACCAUUCUUCUGCUCCAACUCCUAGGUCUCCGAAUUCUCCGACACUAGGAAAACACUCCCGCGAUGACGACGCGACAAAACAAUACCAUUUGCAAGAAGAACAACCACCCUCAAGGCAGAGAAACGGUUCUGUUUUGGUCCCCAAAACACUGAGAAUUGAUGACCCAAGUGAGGCUGCAAAGAGUUCUAUAUGGGCAACUUUGGGCAUCAAGAAUGAGUGUGUCACUGGUGGAGGCAUGUUCAAGGGAUUCCAAUCAAAGAAAGAAGAGAAAGACCAUGUUGUUGAAGCCUCUCCUGUGUUGAGAGCUAACCCUGCGGCUUUGUCUAGAUCCCUUAACUUUCAUGAGAACUCUUGAAUUCAGCAAUAGCAGCAACAACAACAACAACUCUUUGUAAGAGACGGUGACCAUCUUUCAGCAAUGGGUGUUUUGGAAUUAGCCUCAUUGAGUUUGGAAUGAAGUGAAGGUUGGUAGUCUCGGAAGUGAAAUGAACUAAUCUACUAGGAGGUUUUGUUUAGACGUUGGUGGUGGGAAGUGGUAACUAAUUUUUGUCUUUCUUUUUUUAUGUCACACUAUAUUUUUUGUUUUUGCUUUUGCUUUUUAUGUGCUUAGUUUGGUGAGUUUUGAGUUGGUGUAUAUAUAUAAAUAUAUGUGAAAAUACUGAUGAGAAAAAAAAAGGUCUUUACCAUGUAUAAAAAUUCAGAGGUACUGUAUUUUCUUAUGCAAAUGUAAAAUAUUGAGACUUCCUUUGUUUUGUGGAAAAUUCAGUGUAUUUUGUGGAUA